AUGUGUGCAGGGUCAGGAUGGGGGGGCCUGUGCUCCCCGGGGGGGUUUGCUGUGGUCGGGGGUCCCCGGGGCCGGGUCGAUCAGCCCGGCUGGUGCGGCAGGGGGGGCUCCAUCGCCUCGUACGACCAGCUGGUGCGGCAGGUGGAGGCGCUGAAGAAGGAGAACAGCCACCUCCGGCGGGAGCUGGAGGACAACUCCAACCACCUCUCCAAGCUGGAAAAUGAGACCUCGGACAUGAAGGAGGUCCUGAAGCACCUCCAGGGCAAGCUGGAGCAGGAGGCCCGAGUCAUGGUGUCCUCGGGGCAGACGGAGGUGCUGGACCAGCUCAAAGCCCUGCAGAUGGACAUCACCAGCCUCUACAACCUCAAGUUCGCCCCGGAGGUGCCGAGCUCGGGGCGCGGUGCCGAGGAGAGCCCGGCGGCCCCCGCCGCGCACCGGGACGGCCCCGGGGAGCUGGGCAGGGCCACCUUCCGCAUGCUGGAGGAGCUGGACCGCGAGAGGUGUUUCCUGCUGGGGGAGAUCGAGAAGGAGGAGAAGGAGAAGGUGUGGUACUACUCGCAGCUGCAGAGCCUGGCCACGCGCCUGGACGAGCUGCCCCACGUGGAGACGUUCUCCAUGCAGAUGGAUCUGAUCCGGCAGCAGCUGCAGUUCGAGGCGCAGCACAUCCGCUCGCUGAUGGAGGAACGCUUCGGGACGGCUGAUGAGAUGGUGCAGCGGGCACAGAUCCGCGCAUCCCGGCUGGAGCAGAUCGACAAGGAGCUGAUGGAGGCGCAGGACAAGGCGCAGCAGCCGGAGCCGCAGCUCUGCGGGAAGGUCCCGGGCAUGGAGGGGGACCCGGGCAGCCUGGAGCUCCCGACCCACCCCGAGGAGGGCGGCAACACCAAGGUGGAGGUGGUGUUCUGGCUGCUGUCCAUGCUGGCCACGCGCGACAAGGAGGACAUGUCCCGCACGCUGCUGGCCAUGUCCAGCUCGCAGGAGAGCUGCCUGGCCAUGCGCAAGUCGGGCUGCCUGCCCCUGCUCAUCCAGAUCCUGCACGACUCCGACGGGGAGCCGGGGCCCCCCGAGAGCCCCACGGGUGCCAAGGACGCUCGGAUGAGAGCCAACGCUGCCCUGCACAACAUCGUCUUCUCCCAGCCCGACGAGGGCCAGGCCAAGAAGGAGAUGCGGGUGCUGCACGUGCUGGAGCAGAUCCGCUCCUACUCGGAGACGUGCUGGGACUGGCUGCAGAUGCAGAGCCGGGAUGGGGCACGGGGGCCCGAGGGCGCCGUGCCAGUGCCCAUCGAGCCCCAGAUCUGCCAGGCCACCUGUGCCAUCAUGAAGCUGUCCUUCGACGAGGAGUACCGGCGGGCCAUGAACGAGCUGGGCGGGCUGCAGGCGGUGGCCGAGCUGCUGCAGGUGGACUACGAGAUGCACAAGAUGACCAACGACCCCCUGAACCUGGCGCUGCGGCGCUACGCGGGGAUGGCCCUCACCAACCUCACCUUCGGGGAUGUGGUCAACAAGGCCACGCUGUGCUCCCGCCGGGGCUGCAUGGAGGCCAUCGUGGCUCAGCUGGGCUCCGACAGCGAGGAGCUGCACCAGGUGGUCUCCAGCAUCCUGAGGAACCUCUCCUGGCGCGCCGACAUCAACAGCAAGAAGGUGCUGCGGGAGGUGGGCAGCGUCACCGGGCUGACGCGCUGUGCCCUGCACGCCGGCAAGGAGUCGACGCUGAAGAGCGUCCUGAGCGCGCUGUGGAACCUCUCGGCGCACAGCACGGAGAACAAGGCGGCCAUCUGCAGCGUGGAGGGGGCACUGGGAUUCCUGGUCAGCACCCUCACCUACAAGUGCCAGAGCAACUCCCUGGCCAUCAUCGAGAGCGGUGGUGGCAUCCUCAGGAACGUCUCCAGCCUCGUCGCCACGCGGGAGGAUUACAGGCAGGUGCUCCGGGACCACAACUGCCUGCAGACGCUGCUGCAGCACCUGCGCUCGCACAGCCUGACCAUCGUCAGCAACGCCUGCGGCACCCUCUGGAACCUGUCUGCCCGCAGCCCCCGCGACCAGGAGCUGCUGUGGGACCUGGGGGCGGUCAGCAUGCUCCGCAACCUCAUCCACUCCAAGCACAAGAUGAUCGCCAUGGGCAGCGCGGCCGCGCUGCGCAACCUCCUCACCAACCGGCCCCCCAAGUACAAGGACGCGGCCGUGGUGUCGCCGGGCUCCUGCAUGCCCUCGCUCUACAUGCGCAAGCAGAAGGCGCUGGAGGCCGAGCUGGACGCCAAACACCUGGCAGAGACCUUCGACAGCAUGGAGAAGCAGAGCCUGAAGGGGCAGAGCGCCAAGAAGCCGAUGCGGCACAUGGAGAGCCUGGUGAAGGACUACGCCUCCGACUCCGGCUGCUUCGACGACGACGAGGUGCCCAACAUCUCCACGGGCGUGGAGACGGCCAGCGCCUCCGUGCUCUCCAUGUUCCUCAACUCCUCCUUCCUGCAGGGCCAGGCGCUGCCGCGGGCGCUGGCGCAGCGGCGCUGCCCGGAGCCGGAGAAGGACGGCAGCGGGAAGGCGGCCGAGCCCAAGAAGCCGCCGCUGCCCGAGGACGACGUCUCGCUGGCCGCCGAGAAGUUGGCCAACAAGAUCUCCAGCACGGUGGCCAAGAUUGACAAGCUGGUGGAGGACAUCUCCACCAUGCACAACUCGUCGGACGACAGCUUCAGCCUCAGCUCCGAGGAUCACUGCCUGGACUGGCAGUACGGGCCCGAGGACGGGCACGAGGCGCGCGCCCAGUCCUGCUCGCCGUGCCGGCUGGCGGACGCCGGCGGCUUCGCCAAGAGGGAGAGCCUGAGCCGGGCGCACACCCUGCUGCGGCUGAAGACGGCCUACACCAGCCUCCUGUCCACCGACAGCCUCAACAGCGGCAGCACCAGCGACGGCUACUGCACCAAGGAGCACAUGAAGCCCUGCCCCAGGGCCGCCUUCCUGGACUAUCGCGACGAGCUGCAGCGAUACCAGAAGCGGCCCAGCCGGCUCGACCUCAAGAGCAUCCUGGGCAAACCGGAGCGGGCCGAGCCCCCUGCGCGGGAUCCGGCCGAGCCAGACAAACCCGAGCAGCGGGACCUCCCCGAACGGGCUAAGAAGAUGGUGACUUUCCCCAGCCCCAAGGUGCCAGAGAAGGAAACAGAGUGGAAGAAGGAGGUGGGCACCAAGCCCCCCACCGACCCCCACGUUUGCACCAUUAAGCUCUCUCCGUCCUACCAGCACGUUCCCAUGCUUGAGACCCUGGCCAAGAGCAGCGCAGCUGCUGGCCACCAGCCCUCCCUGCUGGGCAGGAAGCAAGCCUGGCUCCCCCCGGCGCUGCUGCAGGCGGCCGAGCCCCUGAGCAAGAUCCCGGAGAAGCUGCCGGCCCAGCCACCGGCCUCAGCAGAGCAGGAGUCAGUGCAGAAGUACUCGGUGGAGGACACCCCAAUCUGCUUCUCCCGGUGCAGCUCCCUGUCCUCCCUCUCCUCGGCAGACAACGUGCUGGACGGGCAGAGCCACAGCGAAAACGACCUGGAUAGCGACUCCUCCCUGGAGAUCCUGGAGAUGGAGGAAGGGGACGCAGAAGGGGAGGAUGUGAGGCAGGAGAAGGAGAAGGCGGCGGAUCCGGGUCCCACCACGCCGGUGGGGAUCUCCCAGCCCAUCACCAUCCCCUUCCCGAAGCGUGACAAGGUUUUCCUGCGGGAGGCGUCACCCUCUCGCCAGGAGGACCUGACGCCCUCGAGCUCUUCGGAGAAUUACAUCCAGGAGACGCCGCUGGUGAUGAGCCGCUGCAGCUCCGUCAGCUCCCUGGGCAGCUUCGAGAGCCCCUCCAUCGCCAGCUCCAUCCAGAGCGACCCGUGCAGCGAAAUGAUCAGCGGCACCAUCAGCCCCAGCGAGCUGCCCGACAGCCCCGGGCAGACCAUGCCCCCCAGCCGCAGCAAGACUCCGCUCUUCGAGCUGGGCUGCCAGCCCGAGAAGGAGACCAGCCAGUUCAACAUCCAGUGGGAGAACAACGUCAAGAAGUUCAUGGAGAUCACCGACUUCAAGGAACGCUUCCAGCUGCCGCAGGACCUGGACUCCAUGGUCUACUUCACGGUGGAGAAGCCCAACGAGAACUUCUCGUGCGCCUCCAGCCUGAGCGCCCUGCCCCUGCACGAGCACUACGUGCAGAAGGACGUGGAGCUCAAGCUGAUUCCCACCUUCCCGGAGAAGAACAGCCUGAACUUCGCGGCUCACGAGAAGCGGGAGGAGCGGCGGGAGGAGCGGUACCUGGAGGGGCGGCGCAGGGCCGAGCGCCCCGAGCCCCCCGACGACGACGACAUCGAGAUCCUCAAGGAGUGCAUCAGCUCGGCCAUGCCCUCCCGCUUCCGCAAGGUCAAGACCUCGCUGCUGUCCGGCCAGGUGCUGCACCCGCAGACCAAGAAGCCGCUGCACGUCCCCGUGUACAUGCUGGUGCCGGCCCACGCCCACCCCGGCGUCCCCAGGCACCUGCGAGCCACCGCCCGCGACCUCUUCAAGGACGACGACUCCUUCACCGACUCGGCCGACGGCACCCCCGUCAACUUCUCCAGCGCCGCCUCGCUGAGCGAUGAGACCCUGCGGUACCCGGCGGGCGAGGAGGGCGAGCAGCCCGUGCCCGAGCGGCGCCGCCAGCCCGGCAGCAUCCCGGCCCGCAGAGCCGCCUCGGGCAGCCCGGGGGGCAGCCUGGAGCUGGGCGUGGGCAGGGCCAGCGGGGGCCCCGGGAGGAAGGAUGACGCCCUGGAGGACGGGGUGGUGUUCCAGUCGCUGUGCCACACCACGCCGACGGAAGAAGCCGUGUAUUGCUUCUACGAUCCGGAUUUGGACCAGCUGCCCGAGGCGGGCAGGGAUGAGUCCGGCAGCCGAGCCCAGCCCGGCCGGGCGCCACGGAGGGAGCGCUGGGGAGGCUCCGUCCCCAACAAAGACCCCGAGCCCGGUCCCCGUCCGGCCAAGACGAAGCCUCAAAACAACCUGAUCGCCGACGAGACGCCGCCGUGCUACUCCCUGAGCUCCUCCAUGAGCUCCCUGAGCGACGCCAACCUCUCGGAGGGCGAGGAGCGGGGCCAGCCCUGCGGCAAAGCCGCCUGGCCGCGCUCAGCCGCAGUGGGACAGGCGCAGGGGGGCUCGCCCAGCUCCCCCAGCCUCAACUCGGAGGAUGAUCUGCUGCAGAAAUGCAUCGGCUCGGCCAUGCCCAAGCGCCGGCGGCCCGCGGCUCGCCGCAGGAUAGUGGAGAGAAAGCAGAAGCCGCCGGGCGCCGGCGGGAGGGAGCGGAAAGCCGAGAUCAGGCAUCAACACGCCGAGGAGGACCCGGGCUCCGACCGGGGCUCCGACCUGGACAGCGUGGAGUGGCAAGCCAUCCAGGAGGGAGCCAACUCCAUCGUCACCUGGCUGCACCAGGCUGCGGCCUCGCUGUCCCGGGAGCCUUCCUCCGAGUCCGACUCCAUCCUGUCCUUCAUGUCGGGGCUCUCGGUGGGCUCCACGCUGCAGCUCUCGCUGGGCAGGCAGGAGAAGCACUCCGAGAGCCCGUCCCGGCUGCCGGUGAAGACCAGCGUGCCCGCGGCCGAGCCUUUCAAGCGCUACUCGUCCUCUCCCAACAUCAGCGUGCCGAGGCGAGCGGCCAGCCCGUCCUCCGUGCGCUCCGAGGGGGGGCCGGCUCCCGGGGCGCCGCCGGGAAAGCCGCCGGUGGUGAUGAUGAAGGGCACGUGGCGGCGGAUCCGGGAUGAGGACAUCCCGCACAUCCUCAAGAGCACGCUGCCCUCCUCCGCGCUGCCGCUGGCGGGUUCUGCCGACGAGGAGCCCCCCGGCACCCCCAGCACCCCCGGCACGCCCAGGAAGACCAGCGACGCCGUGGUGCAGACCGAGGACUUCGCCACGUCCAAGACCAACUCCAGCACCUCUCCCACGCUGGAGACCCGCGAGGGACCCCCGCACCCCCGAGUCACCGGCGAUGGUGAAGCCCCCGCGCCCGCCAAGGCCGCCCUGCCCAUCUCCUUCGGCCACGAGGCGCCCGCCGGGAGCUUCCCCGGCAGCCGGCACGGCUCCCCCGGG